AAGGAAAGAGUAGCGCACACCUCGAUCCCGGCGACAACUUGAAUGAUUGAACCUUUCUCUUUCCCACUUUUUUCUCUUAUUUUCUAGGAAACCAAACACCGCGUUCGAAUCCUGAAAGCACCCUGCUUCUUUAUUUUCUACUGAGAAGAUUUCAUCGAUGGGGAAACAAGGCAAAGAAUACAGAAAGGGAGAAAUGAUAAUCUCCAGGCCGAUCGAACGAGAUAUUUAUCCUGCUUGGGCAAGGGAUAUACAGGAAUGCGAGAAACACUACCAGGUGUAUGGGAAAUUGGGCCUGAAACCUGCGGAGGUUGAAGAGCGGCGCAAGAAAUACGGUUACAACGAGUUGGACGAGCACCAGGCGCCGCCAAUUUGGAGGUUGAUUUUGGAGCAGUUCAACGAUACGCUGGUUCGAAUCUUGCUCGCUGCGGCGGUGAUUUCUUUUGUUCUGGCUUGGUAUGAUGGCGAGGCGGGAGAGGAGAAGGAGAUUACGGCGUUUGUGGAGCCGCUGGUGAUUUUCUUGAUCCUGAUUGUGAACGCGAUUGUUGGAGUUUGGCAGGAGAAUAAUGCGGAGAAAGCGCUGGAGGCACUGAAGGAGAUUCAGUCGGAGCACGCGACGGUGAUUCGCGAUGGAGAAAAAAUUCCUCAUGUGUCUGCAAGGGAGCUUGUUCCGGGCGAUAUUGUGGAGCUGAAAGUCGGUGAUAAAGUCGCCGCCGAUAUGCGUGUUCUGGAGCUGGUUAGCUCCACCGUACGAGUGGAGCAAGGUUCAUUGACCGGAGAGAGCGAAGCGGUUAGUAAAACAACCAAGGCGGUUGCCAAAGACGCCGAUAUUCAAGGGAAGAGAUGUAUGGUUUUUGCAGGUACUACCGUGGUGAACGGGUAUUGUAUCUGUAUGGUUACUCAGAUCGGAAUGGAUACAGAAAUUGGGAAAGUGCACUCUCAAAUUCAGGUAGCAUCUCAGUGCGAAGAGGACACGCCCUUGAAGAAGAAACUGAAUGAGUUUGGAGAGGUCCUUACCAUCAUAAUUGGAGUAGUGUGUGUCUUGGUGUGGAUAAUCAAUGUGAAGCACUUCUUUAGUUGGGAGUAUGAGAAUGGCUGGCCGAAGAAUUUCAGGUUUUCCUUUGAGAAAUGCACGUAUUAUUUUGAGAUAGCUGUGGCAUUGGCUGUGGCAGCAAUUCCUGAGGGAUUGCCUGCUGUUAUCACUACUUGCUUAGCUCUUGGCAUAGGCAAAAUGGCUCAAAAGAAUGCACUUGUGAGGAAGCUCCCAAGUGUUGAGACAUUGGGGUGUACCACUGUGAUUUGCUCUGAUAAAACUGGGACCUUGACCACCAAUCAGAUGGCUGUGGCAAGGCUUGUGGCUGUGGAUAGCACUUCCGAUAAACUGCGGAGCUUCAAGGUUGAUGGAACUACUUAUAAUCCCUUUGAUGGGAAAAUACAUGACUGGCCAAGUGAUGGAAUGGAUUCAAAUCUUCAAACCAUUGCAAAGAUUGCUUCCAUAUGCAAUGAUGCUGGCAUUGUGCAAUCAGAGCACCAGUUUGUAUCCCAUGGAAUGCCUACAGAGGCAGCUCUAAAGGUUCUAGUUGAGAAAAUGGGCAUCCCAAAUGGAUGUAAUACCGAUGGAUUAAGUGGCACUAAUGUUCUACGCUGUUGCCAAUGGUGGAAUGAAUAUGAACCAAGGAUUGCAACUCUUGAGUUUGACCGUGAUAGGAAAUCCAUGGGGGUAAUUGUCAAUUCCAGUUCAGGAAAGAAGUCAUUGUUAGUGAAGGGAGCAGUAGAAAAUUUAUUGGAGAGGAGCUCCAAUAUGCAGUUGCUUGAUGGUACUGUUGUACCACUGGAUCCUGAUUCAAGGAACCUUAUCUUAGGGUCUCUUCAUGAAAUGUCCAGUGCUGCAUUGCGAUGCUUGGGUUUUGCAUAUCAAGAUGAGCUCCCAGAGUUUGAGACGUAUGAUGGUAGUGAAGAUCAUCCAUCUCAUGAGCUUUUACUUAAUCCUUCCAACUAUUCUUCGAUUGAGAGCAAUCUCACUUUUGUUGGCAUGGUUGGUCUGAGGGAUCCUCCUCGUGGGGAGGUUUUCCAAGCAAUUGAGGACUGUAGGGCAGCUGGAAUUCGUGUUAUGGUCAUCACUGGAGAUAACAAGUGCACAGCUGAAGCUAUAUGUCGUGAAAUAGGUGUUUUUGGACCAGAAGAAAAUAUCAGCUCAAGAAGUUUAACCGGCAAAGAAUUUAUGGAGAUGGUGGUGUGUGAUCAGAAAGCCCAUUUGAGACAAAGCGAUGGGCUUCUCUUUUCUAGAGCUGAACCAGGGCAUAAACAAGAGAUUGUAAGGCUGCUAAAAGAAGAUGGGGAGGUGGUUGCCAUGACAGGUGAUGGAGUAAAUGAUGCACCUGCAUUGAAACUGGCCGAUAUAGGAAUUGCCAUGGGCAUUGCUGGAACUGAGGUUGCAAAAGAAGCUUCUGAUAUGGUGCUGGCCGAUGACAAUUUCAGUACAAUUGUUGCUGCUGUUGGUGAAGGCAGAUCUAUUUACAACAACAUGAAAGCCUUCAUCAGGUACAUGAUCUCGUCAAAUAUUGGCGAGGUAGUCUCCAUCUUUCUAACUGCAGCCUUGGGAAUUCCAGAAGGCCUUAUACCUGUCCAGCUUUUGUGGGUCAAUCUUGUCACUGAUGGACCACCUGCAACAGCUUUGGGAUUCAAUCCUCCUGAUAAGGACAUAAUGAAGAAGCCCCCUCGCAGAAGUGAUGACCCACUCAUUACUGCUUGGAUUUUAUUCCGCUAUCUGGUCAUUGGACUAUAUGUUGGAGUAGCAACCGUUGGUACAUUCAUAAUUUGGUACACAUGUAGUUCCUUCUUAGGCAUAGAUCUCAGUGGUGAUGGCCACACCCUUGUCACCUACUCACAGCUUGCAAAUUGGGGCCAAUGCUCAUCUUGGGAAAAUUUCGAAGUUUCAUCUUUUAAAGCGGGGGGUCAGGUGUUCACCUUUGACAAUAACCCCUGUGAUUAUUUCCAGGGCGGCAAAGUAAAAGCAAAGACUCUAUCCCUCUCUGUGUUGGUUGCCAUUGAAAUGUUCAAUUCUCUCAACGCCCUUUCUGAGGAUACCAGCCUCCUGAAAAUGCCCCCAUGGCUCAACCCCUGGCUCCUGGUAGCUAUGUUUGUCUCAUUUGGCCUGCACUGCGUGAUCCUCUAUGUGCCCUUCCUAGCUCAUGUAUUUGGCAUUGUGCCAUUGAGCUUUAAAGAGUGGCUCUUGGUUCUGGUUGUUGCAUUCCCUGUGAUUUUGAUCGAUGAGAUCCUGAAGUUCGUAGGAAGGUACGCCAGUGAGAUUCAGACAAACUUGAAAAAAAGAUGUUCAAAGACCAAAUCCGAGUGAGACAACCUGCAGCCUGUUACAUGGAUAAGUCGGUAGGCUGCCUUCUCUUAUAUAAUAUCAUGAAACUAUCUCAAUGAUGAUAUAACAGUGUACUUUCUUGGUUCCAUCCAUAAUCCUUAUCAAUUUUAAAAUGAAGGAUGGUUUAGAACAUGAAGAACUAGACAUGUUCACAUCAUAUAUACUGUACCCCUUGCAUUGCCCUUCUUUUCUACACUCGGCUUUUGUUAAAGCCUCAACCUUAUAAGUUAAUAUAAAUACAAUAAAGAAGUAUUGGGUAU